AGGAGGGCCCAGAGGGUGAUUGUCGAGUAAAGUUCCCUCUUCCACUUCCUCCCUCCUUGCAACCUGCUAUUCACUGCAGCACAAGGGCUGAUACCCACAUUUGCCCAUCUCUCCCUGCUGUUUGCCUUGGCCUGACUUUCCUUUGCCCCGGGCACUGUCCUCCACUACGGGUCCAGAGCCAUGCAAGCCAUCAAGUGUGUCGUGGUGGGAGACGGAGCUGUGGGAAAAACCUGUCUCCUUAUCAGCUACACCACUAAUGCAUUCCCAGGAGAAUACAUCCCCACUGUGUUUGAUAACUAUUCUGCCAAUGUGAUGGUUGACAGCAAGCCUGUAAAUCUGGGACUAUGGGAUACUGCUGGACAAGAAGACUAUGACAGGCUGAGGCCACUCUCUUACCCGCAGACGGAUGUCUUCCUGAUCUGUUUCUCCCUUGUCAGCCCGGCAUCUUAUGAAAACGUCCGUGCUAAGUGGUUCCCUGAGGUGCGGCACCACUGCCCUAGCACUCCCAUCAUCCUUGUGGGCACAAAGCUGGAUCUUCGUGAUGACAAGGACACCAUUGAGAAGCUGAAGGAGAAGAAGCUAUCCCCCAUUACAUAUCCUCAGGGCCUUGCUCUGGCCAAGGAAAUUGACUCUGUGAAAUACCUCGAGUGCUCGGCUUUGACGCAGCGCGGCCUCAAGACGGUGUUCGACGAGGCCAUCCGAGCAGUCCUCUGUCCACAGCCCACCCGGACAAAGAAACGUGCAUGCAGCCUCCUCUAAGCAAAUCCUGGCCCCAUCCUGACGUCAGGUGCUGCCCAGCACACAGGAGAGUGACGGCUCCCGCUUCCCAGAGCUCAGCACCUUGUGGUAGUCAUUGUGCUUUUUUUUACUUCUGCCGGCUUGAAAGACUGUUGUGGGUCUGUAGCACUGGUGUGUUGGUUUGCACAACUUCCCCACACUCGCCUCACCCCGCCUGCUCCUGCCCUUCUUCCCGGGCCCCUAAGGUUACAGCAUAGUGAAUAAGACCCAAUAAACAGACCAUAUUCUU